GCUCCCUCCUGGGGACCGGGAGCCGCGGUACAGGUGUGGUCGCUUCUCUUGGAGAAAGAGGCUGAGCUGACAUCCUCGGGGCUGAUAAAGAAUGGGCUCCUCCUCCUGGGCGCAGCAGGCUCCGGGGACCCCUCUCUCCCUCCCGGUCCCGGCAGGAGGGAAGACCUGAGCUCAUCUAGCUGGUGUUGGCUUAGGGUCUGGGAGGAAGGGCUUUUGGGAAGAUGUAAAUAAGAACAAAAUCUGCAGCCACCUGGGAACCUGGCCUCAGUGUGGAAGAGAAGGAAGCAGGGUUAUUACAGAACCUGGUGAAGGCAACGCGGGCAGCUGCCAGGAGCUGCACACCGAGAGGAUCUGGUCCUUUCUUGCGGCCCAGGGAGACCAGGACCUUUCAUUCUAGGCUGAAGAUCAACAAUUGGAAUUCCGAACUCCCCCGGCGUGUGGGACUCGAGGUUGCCCAGGGCUCACCUCUGAUGGGCGGGCAGGUGAGCGCUUCCAACAGCUUCUCGAGGCUGCGCUGCAGAAAUGCCAACGAGGACUGGAUGUCGGCACUGUGUCCCCGGCUCUGGGAUGUGCCCCUCCACCACCUCUCCAUCCCAGGGAGCCACGACACGAUGACGUACUGUCUGAACAAGAAAUCCCCCAUUUCACACGAGGAGUCCCGGCUGCUGCAGCUGCUGAACAAGGCCUUCCCCUGCAUCACACGCCCCGUCGUGCUGAAAUGGUCCGUCACCCAGGCGCUGGACGUCACGGAGCAGCUGGACGCCGGGGUGCGGUACCUGGACCUGCGGGUGGCCCACAUGCUGGAGGGUUCGGAGAAAAACCUGCACUUUGUCCAUAUGGUGUACACAACGGCUCUGGUGGAGGACACGCUCACGGAAAUCUCGGAGUGGCUGGAGCGGCACCCGCACGAGGUGGUCAUCCUCGCCUGCAGAAACUUCGAGGGGCUGAGCCAGGACCUGCACGAGUACCUGGUCGCUUGUAUCAAGAACAUCUUCGGGGACAUGCUGUGUCCUCGUGGGGAGGUGCCGACGCUGAGGCAGUUGUGGUCCCGGGGCCAGCAGGUCAUCGUCUCCUAUGAGGAUGAGAACUCCUUGGGCCGGCACCACGAACUGUGGCCAGGAAUCCCCUACUGGUGGGGAAACACGGUGAAGUCCGAGGCCCUCAUCCGAUACCUGGAGACCAUGAAGACCUGCGGCCGUCCAGGAGGGUUGUUCGUGGCCGGCAUCAACCUCACGGAGAACCUGCAGUACGUUCUGGCGCACCCGUCCGAGUCCCUGGAGAGGAUGACGCUGCCCAACCUUCCGCGGCUGAGCGCGUGGGUCCAAGAGCAGUGCCCGGGGCCGGGCUCACGGUGCACCAACAUCAUCGCGGGAGACUUCAUCGGCGCAGACGGCUUCGUCAGCGACGUCAUCGCGCUGAACCAGAAGCUGCUGUGGUGCUGACGGGACCUUCUGAAGUUCAGGACGCCGCGGCUGUGGUUUCACCCCCGACUUUCCAAGUACUGUGACUUUGUUUGGGCCAAAUAUUGGUGAUCAUAGGACGGAUGAUAAUAUCUUUACCUUUCUUUUUCUUUAAAAUACAGAUGGGGUGGCCGGGCACGGUGGCUCAGGCCUGUCAUCCCAGCACUUUGGGAGGCCGAGGCGGGCGGAUCACGAGGUCAGGAGUUCGAGACCAGCCUGACCAGCAUGGUGAAACCCUGUCUCUACUAAAAAUACAAAAAUUAGCUGGGUGUGUGGUGGGCGCCUGUAGUCCCAGCUACUCGGGAGGUUCAGGCAGGAGAAAUGCUUGAAGCUGGGAGGUGGAGAUUGCAUUGAGGUGAGAUCGCGCCACUGCACUCCAGCCUGGGUGACAGAGCGAGACUCCAUCUCAAAAAAAAAUAGAGGUGGGGUCUCUGUUGGCCAGGUUGGUCUUGAACUCCUGGCCUCAAGUGAUCCUCCCACCUCCGCCUCCCAAAGUGCUGGGAUGACAGGUGUGAGCCACUGUGCCUGGCCACCGAUAUUUCUUUUAAUUAUGUUUAGGAACAGGGUCUUGCUCUGUCACCCAGGCUGGAGGGCAGUGGUACAGUCAUAUCUCACUGCAGCCUCAACCUCCUGGGCUCAAGUGACCCUCUCAGCCUCCCACGUAACUGGGACUCCAGGGACACACCCCCACUCCCGGCUAAUUUUUGUAUUUUUGUUAGAGACGGAGUUUCACGAUGUUUCACGUCUGGUCUCAAAUUCCUGGGCUCCAGUGAUCCUCCCACCUUAGCUUUCAGAGUAGCCAGGAUCACAGGCAUGCACCACCAUGCCCAGCUGAGUUUAUUUUUUUGUAGAGAUGUGGUCUGGCUAUGUUGUCCAGGGUGGUCUCAAACUCCUGGGCUCACGUAAUCCUCCCACCUCAACCUCCACCAUAGCUGGGACCUCAGGUGUCAGCCACCACACCCAGCUAAUUAUUAUUUUUUUUUUGUAGAGAUGGGGUCUGACUCUGUUGCUCAGGCUGGUGUGUAGUAGGAGAACAGUCAUAGCUCAGUGUAACCUUCAACGCCUGGGCUGAAGCAAUCCUCCCGCCUUGGCUUCCCAAGUACCUGGGACUGUAGGUGUAAUUAUACCUAUAAUAAUUACCCACUACGUCCAGAUAAUUACUAUUAUUAUUAGUAGUAGGAGUAUAUGUUUGAGAUGGAGUCUCGCUCUGUCGCCCAGGCUGGAGUGCAAUGCUGCAAUCUCGGCUCACUGCAACCUCCACCUCCCGGAUUCAAGCGAUUCUCCUGCCUCAGCCUCCUGAGUAUCUGGGAUUACAGGCACCCGCCACCACACCCGGCUCAUUUUUGUAUUUUCAGUAGAGACGGGGUUUCACCAUGUUGCCCAGGCUGGUCUCGAACUCCCGACCUCGGGUGAUCCAUCCGCGUUGGCCUCCCAAAGUGCUGGGAUCACAGGCGUUGAGACACUGCGCCCGGCCUCAAGCCAGUAUUUUCCCGGCCCUAAAUCAUUCCCGGCUGGGUCCCGGCCCAGUAGAGCCUGCCCCACAGUCCAGAGUCCAGCUGAAGUGUUCCAAAGUUGUUAACCCUCAGCCAUUCCCCAGGCCCCGGAAAGGGCUCUUCCCUCGUUCAUUCCUGCCUCCCAAGCCAAACCCAGGUACACGCUUGUGCCCUGUGUGGUGUGGCAGCCUCUUCUCUCGGGAAGGGUCUGGAGUAAUUUAUUUCAGUGGCUUCUCCGUGCUCGUCGCAGUCACCUCCGUGAAUUAAAGUCCUGUGGGUACACGGGACACCACACCCCACGGAAGGUGCCCCCAGUCCGUGUGGGAGACCCGCUGGUUUCUCCAACAGGUUUCUUUCUGCCUCUGAAGCGUGAACAGUCCUAGUUUCAGACGCAGAUCGUGCAAAUACCUUUUUUUUUUUUUUUUGAGAUGGAUUUUCCCUCUUGUUGUUCAGGCUGGAGUGCAAUGGCACGAUCUCAGCUCACUGCAACCUCUGCCUCUCGGGUUCAAGUGAUUCUCUGCUUCAGCCUCCCGAGGAGCUAAGAUUACAGGCGCAUGCCACCAUGCCUGGUUAAUUUUGUAUUUGUAUUUUUUGAGAAGGGGUUUCGCUCUCGUUGCCGAGGCUGGAGUGCAGUGGCGCGAUCCCGGCUCACUGCAACCUCCACCUCCCGGGUUCCAGCAAUUCUCCUGCCUCAGCAUCCUGAGUAGCUGGGAUUACAGGCACCUGCCACCACGCCCGGCUAAUUUUUGUAUUUUUAGCAGAGACGGGGUUUUGCCAUGUUGGCCAGGCUGGUCUCGAACUCCCGACCUCAGGUGAUCCUCCCGCCUCGGACUCCCAAAGUGCUGGGAUGACAGACGUGAGCCACCGCGCCCGGCCUAUACCUCAUUUUCUACAUGUCGCUUAUUGGAGCUGGUGGUUCAAGCCACCAUUUUUACUCCCCUUUCCCAAGCAAAUCGUGCAUUUCUUUCAUCGUCUAACAAGACACUAGUUGUUUCUCAGGAUGGUCGUCGAGGGUUAUCGAGUCCACGCUGGAACAGCUUCUCUUUGGGACCUAAUGACUCAUUUUCCAAAAAUCCGCUUCUACUUUUGGUACCCGGUUGCCACGGUGAAACUACGGUGCCCCACAUCCAGAAAGACGCACUCCUGUGCCACAACCAGCGGCUACCUCAGCGCCACGACUCUGCUGGAUCAGGGCUCGGGCAGGCCCCGCGGAGAUGAAGGAAGAAUUUGCAGGGAGCCUCCCUGACUUCCAUCGGCUGUGAAUCCUCGUGUGUCAGGAGUGUAUCCACAAAAUCUCCGAAUUCAUACAGAUCGUUUAAAUAAAUGAACGUCAUUAAAGUCAAAUAUGUGUAUGAAUUUUAUUACUGCCUAUGCAGCCAAGACCCCUCUGGUGGCUUUCAGGAUAGCACGCAGGAGGCAUCUUCAGAAAAUGUUAAUUCAGGAGGCCGGGCACGGUGGCUCACGCCUGUAAUCCCAGCACUUUGGGAGGCAGAGGUGGGCGGAUCACAAGGUCAAGAGUUUGAGACCAGCCUGAUCGACAGUGAAAAUAC